AUGGGUGACGACGAACUGUUCGAGAACGCCUUGUACCAGUGGAGAUUCGGGUCCGAAGAAGAGGAUGAAGUAUCCAAAUAUGCCAAGUAUGAAAUUGACGACCUUAGAAACCACCCAGAGCUUGGGAAACUCGGCGUCUUAUUCAGCGAUGAUGACGGAAUGUCGGACGAAGGACCUCUAAUACCUGUUCAGGUGCUCAUAGUCACCCCUCGUGUGCGAGGAUGGGAGUUCGAAGCGAAUGGCACACUGGCCAACUGGCCUGGAACACACGAUUACAACAUAAACGAGGGCCAGCUCUUGUAUGCUGAUCGAGUCGAGAGUAUCAUCGACGACCUUAGCGAGGCACUGCCCAACGUCGCUACUGUCGUCGUUGACUAUCCUCCGCAGUUGCUCACUUACGCAGAGAUGAUGGCGAGAGAACAGAGCAACUUGGGCGAAGCCGUUUGGUCAGUUGUCCUCUUGAACAGGAUUCGUGACACCCCGCGCGGCAAGGUCUUGCUCCAGUACCAGCCUGCAAAGACGUGCAAUGACAAGGCUGCGAUGCGCUGUAUAUGCAAGAAUGGACGCCACAAGAAGAUCAAAUCUUUUCCGACUUACCUGAUUCGGAUGCAGCCAUAG